AUGCAAAAAAAACAAAUGAACAAAAUUAGUUUUGAUACUAUUUUUUCAGAUUCUCAGGGCUUUAAGGAAAAAUUGAAUAUAAAAUGCUAUGAUCUAGAUUUACCUGAUCAUAUUGUUGUUGAAAACGUUUUCCCACAACAAAGGGUUCGACAUAGAAAACGGCAAUUUGAUGAACAAUCAGAACCUCAAGUUCUCAUGCAAGGUCUUGACAAAUUUAAAGUUGAUACGUUCCGCUGUGUUAUUGACCAAAUAUCAAUUAGUCUAAAUGAAAGAUUUUCACAAAACGAAUCUUUGAUUGCAGAUGUCCAAUACUUACAUUCUUCAUAUUUUAUGAAUAUUAAAAAUACAAUGCCUCCAAAUGCACUCAAAUUAAUUGGAAACUUUAUAAAUGUCGACUUUACAGUACUACAAAAUGAGCUAUUAAGUUUUUCAAGAAUUUUUCCAAAUAUUAUUGGUAGUAUUUCACAAAGAACAUCAAAUUUAAUAAAUAGCACAAAAUCUAAGGUUAUUGAAACUGAUAUUGAAGUAGAAAAUGAUGAAAUUAGAGAUGUUAAGUUCGUGAACGAAUAG